AUGUCUGGUCAAAUCGGUUCUAAUUCGGAGGAUGAUGUUGAUUUUGUGCCAUCAACUAAUGUUGAAGAAAUACAAUCUGUUAGUAAUACAUUAGAUGAACAUCAGAAUACAGGGAGAAAAAGAACUUCUCGUGCUUGGGAUCAUUUUACUCGACAAGAAAUUGAUGGUAAAUUUAAAGCGGAUGGCUUAUCUGUCAUUGGUGAUAGUGUUGACAAAAUUCGAGACAGUGUUGCUUAUUGGUCGGGCACACCAAAAAGACAUGAAAAAUUUGAGGACACUGCUCGUCAACUUGGAGUACCAUACACCAAAAAAAUAUCACUUGAUUGUGUAACAAGGUGGAAUUCCACUUUUCUAAUGCUUAGCACAGCUUUAUCGUACAAGACAGUAUUUGAACGUGCAAGGUUACGUGAGUUGAGAUUGAGGUGUGCCCCUUCGGAAAUUGAUUGGCAAAAUGCUCAACAAUUAUGUGAUAAAUUAGAGGUGUUUCAUGAAGUGACGAGCUAUUCUGGGAACAAAGACAUGGCAACUCAAAUGAUGUCUAAGUUUCAAAAAUAUUGGAAAGAGAUUCAUGGGCUUAUGUGUGUGGCGGUUGUUUUAGACCCGAGAUACAAGUUUAUGUUGCUCGAAUACUAUUUCCCUGUAAUCUAUGGAGAUGAGCAAUAUGUAACUCAAAUUACAAAUAUUCGUGAGCUUUGUUGCGAGUUACUGGAGGAGUAUGGGUCUAAGUUUCCUGAUUUGAGAGAGAGAAGGGUUCAGGUAGACAAUGUAUCAUCUUCUUCGACACGGCGAAUGGAUGCUCUUUCUAACUUUGACAGAUAUGUUAGAGCUUCCUAUCGAGUAGAAAAUAUGAAGUCUGAACUAGAUUUAUAUUUGGAGGAGAACUUGGUACCUAGGACUGAAGAGUCAUUUGAUAUAUGCAAUUAUUGGAAGGUGACGGGCCUCAAAUACCCUUUGUUGAGUAUGAUUGCUAAGGAUGUGUUUGCGUGCUGUUAG